UUAAGUGAACGACUAAACAAAACGUACUUUAAUACUCUCUGGCUGCGCACGCCACGCUCCUUGCCACUGAUGGGUUGCACUCACUGCUCCCCUUCUCGACCCGGCCCCACCAGGCCCUCCGUGCGCUUGUGAAUUGUUAUCAUCUGUCGUGAUUACCAUACCGCCUGCGUACAGCAGUUCGGCUUUAGUGCUGUGUAGUGUUUGUUAUUGUCGAGUGGAAAUAUUGGCAGUGUUAAUUAAUUACAUUUUUGGCAGCGCAUGCCAAUGCUUACAAUCUUGGCUGGCAAUGUGAAAUAAGAGCAAUUUAUAGUCACGCAUUCUUAUAUUUAUUCAGAGUGGUAUUGCAGAGAGUUACUUGAUCACACAUGACAACUUUUCUAUAAUUUUACACAAUCAUUUUUUUUGGUUCAAUACUUUUCGGACGAAGGAGACGAGGCGAAGAAAAGUGGUGAAUUCAAUCGGUUUUAUCAAUUAAUACAUUAUUUCUUCAGAAUGUCCGAGCUGGAUUUGCUUAAUCUACCAGAUAUUGUUCUUGAAAAUAUUUUUUCCAAUUUGAGUUAUGACGAAAUAGCACGUUUCAGAAUAGUUUGCAAAAGAUUUGACAAUAUCUGCAAAAAAUUGUUGAAUAAAGGAUUUAUAGCAGCUGAACGUUUCCAUGCACACAGUAUUAAAGCUGUUAAAGUUCAGCUCCCAAGGAGAGAAUCGGAACGAAGAUUACAUCCAUUGGCCAGACACUGUGACAUAUUAUCAGCUAUUGAAACAAGACUCUCUAUGUUAUCAAUGACUUUCAUGAAAUAUGUUGAUGUGGGUUUAUGCUGUUUUAUUCCAGGAAAGGUAAUUGAUGAAAUAUUUAGAGUUCUCAAAUACCUGAGAAACUGUAGAUCUCCUCCUCGAGCCCAUGAAAUCUUGCAAGAACUUAGAGAUAUAUCUUCUAUGGCAAUGGAACAUUUUGAUGAAAAAAUUGCCCCUGGUUUAAAAAAUGCUCGUUCUUCUGAAACCUUUUCUCCAAAUUCAUAUCCUCCAUGCUCUUCAUCUAAAUGUCCAAACGCAGCCCGGCCAUUUUUCACACAAGACAGGUUGCGGUUUGAAUUUCAGAAGUGUCAAAGGCGGGAUCAGAGAGCUAAGAGGGAAUGUCAGUCAUUGAGUAGUAAGAUAAGUCUGCAUAAAAGUCGAUGUAAUAAACAAGCCAAGAGAGUAUCAAGUCAGGCAAUUGUUAUUGCUGAACAAGGUACCCAAAUUGCAGAGCUGAAACGUACUAUUGCUGAAUGGGAUCACAAAUAUGGUGAUGUGAUAGCUGAACUGAGUUGUAUUCGUGAAGAAAAUGCAGUCCUGGCUGCCGCACUAGGAAUUGUAUUUAAUCGUAAUAAAUCCUCUUCUAAAGUUUCUGUUACACAACCAUGUACAAGCCGAGGAACUUGUGAAGCUGGCAAAAGAAAAUCAAACGAGGGUGGAGAAACAUCUAGGCCAAAUAAGAAGAGCAAAGCAGGAAAACCAGUAGAUACUGCAUCUGAAGAAACCUUCAGUACUACGAAAGAGAAAAUAUUGAAUCUUGCCAACCAAAUCGUAACUCAUCAAAAUGGAAAGGUGUCAGACUGCCUUGUUGAAAAUGAUGAAAAGUAAGAAUCCUAUUGUAUUAAUAAUCUUCACUGUUGUUUCAAAUAUCAAUGAUGUCUAUUUAUUAAUAAUGCUGGCUGAUGUAUUUUUCUCUUUUGUUGUUGACUGCAUCUUUUUAGUUUCUUGUUUCUAUUGGAUAUUGUAAGCUCUUGUACAUCUUGUUGCUUUCCAAGAAAUGUAAUUUUCUUUGGUAAAUAUUUUGUUGGUAAAAUAUUGUCAGGUCAUGCCUCAACACAAAAGAACAAAUAGAUUCCAUUAAAAUGAGAAGAGGUAACAAUGCAUUGACUUAUCAGCAUUUUUUUAUAAUAAUCGGCAAUAUAUCCUCUUUAAGUGUGGAUUUUGUUUAAUAAAACACCAUUUUUGCAAAGAUAUAGGACAAUGAAGAUAAUUAAUGAUUGUUAAUAAUGGAAUGCAUAUUUAAUGUAAUAUUUAAAUGACCUUUAAGUAGUGUUAUUAAGUAAAGCUGCUUCUUGUAGUAGCCAUUUUUAACAGUUGGCUAAUUUACUAGUGAAAGAUUGGCAUGAAAACAAAUAUUACAGUGAGAUUUUGAUAAUAAUUGAAAUGAAGAUGCCUGUGCAUUUUCUUUCAUAUAUGUCUUGAUAUAAUUCUAAUAUUUAAUUGAAGUUUUAUCACUAAGCAACAUUUCCUUAGCUGCAGGGGAUUUUAAUGCACGUGUCAUGUGUAUGGUAGAUUUGUAACAAAUGAAUGAGCACAUGCUGUAUGUAUGAGCCAAACCUUUUUUAGUAAAGGAAGAUUUUUAGUUACUGUAAGAGAUGUUGAGAUUGUUCUAUAAAAUAUAGUUAUAAAAUUUGUUUCUUUGGAAUCUUGCUCAUUAGUUCAGAGAAGGUAAAUGUCAAAAUUCUACAUUUCACUGGAUGUGAAACCUGAUAUUGAAGCAUUUAUUUGGUGAAUGAAAUGGAAGUAUCAAUGGAACAAAUUAAAUGGAUUUUUUUUGAACAAUAACUGAAUUUUGUUAUACUUUCAAUUAUUCAUUUUAAUUAUGUGAACAGUAAUUGUUCCUUUUAAUGUCUGUUAAAAAGUUAAUUUUUUGUUUGCAAUUUAUAUUAUGUUUCCAAGUUAAAUUUUUUACUUUAUUUGGAUAAUUUAGUAAGAAUGAAUAUUAAAUGUAAUUCAUGAUUAUCAGAUAUCAGUUUCUUACAGCAACCAUGUCAACCUUUGUGUUGUGCUUCCCUGGCAGUGUUUUGUGGUGAUAGAGCAUAAGACAAAAUUUAUUUUUAGGAGAUGUAUGUCUCCAUCAAUAGUGCAACCAAUGCACUUCGGACUAAUGACUAGGAAUGGUGAUGUGUUAGUCUGAGUUCAUGUGCUGUUGCCUUAGAAAUGUUACAAAACCUUUUUUAUCUUAACAAUUAUACAAGGGUCAUCUAAUAAUGAAGUUUUAUUUUUUUUAAAUACAAGAAUAUUUAUUGUUUUGUUUAUACUUUAAUUCCACAACUACACUUCUCCACUUAGAUGCCAUUUCUGUCUGAACACUUUUGGUACCUUUGCAGCAGUUUUUAUUUUUCUAUAAAUGCAGGUAUAUACAGAGUACUACAAAAUAGUAUAGAGGAUAUUAAUUUAGAUAUUUCUACAAAAAUACAUGGUUUGGGGUUCCCUGAUCUCCAAAAAAUUGUUGCCCCCCCCCCCCCAAACGUCUCUCUGUUGGCUGUGAACAACACUAGCGCCUAAACUACUUAAAGGAUUUUUUCCAAACUGAAUAAACCCUGGCCUUACUCGAAGUUCUGCGAUUUUGAAACACAUUUAUCAAUUUUUGGGGGUACUUUCCAUGAAGUCCUUAGCUCAUUUUCAAAAUUCUCAAAAUUGGCUCCAAAUUUUUUCUUUAAAUUUCUUGUAAGAAUAGAAGGAAAUGAACUCAUAAAGGUGGCGUAGAUACAAUUUUUAUUGUUCCUCCAAAUUUUCAAAAAUUUAAUUUUAGGAGUUUUCGUACAACUGCAAAAUUUAAGACAUAUUUCCUUUGAAUGAAAUUUGUUUUCUGUUAAUAUUUCUUUCAUUAGGGUCACGUACAAUUUAAAAAACAAACUAGUUUUCACCCAAUAUUGAGUAUGAUGUAUGCAAUAUUAAAAAAUAACAAAACCAAUAUUUUCUCAAAUACGGCUAAAAAAUUUCGUAUGAAAAAAGCUGAUUGCACUGUUUAAGAGAACAAAAUUCAUUUUUGUGUAUACUUUUCUAAAAAUAUUUCUCACGCCAUUAGUAUGCACAUUUUUAGUGAUUUGUAUACAUUAUUGCAUUUAAGAAUGGAAGUGCUUCAAAUGACUUCUAAAUUUUUUUUUGUUUCAAAUUUUGCUUUUACAAUAACGCUUAUACGCCAUUUUCUUAAAAACUGCUUCAAAGUUUUCAACAAAAAAUGUCCUCAUAGGAUGAGGUUUUACUUUUUAUAUUAUUCUUAAAGUAAUAUUUCAGUUAAAUUGGUAGGAAACCGAAAACUUGAGAAAAAGUUUAGUAUGUGGCAAGACAGAAAAGCUAGCCCUUAACGAAAAUACUAGAAAAGCAACUAGUACGAGAACAUCUGUCCCAUUCUGUAGCACCACUAGUUUGGCAUUUUCACUAUGCCAAAUUACGUCGUGUCGCCAUUUUUUCAUCGGUCGCAAACUCCAUGCUUCCAAAGCGGUUGGUGAAGCGCUGCCACUAUACCCCAAUGGAAGUUCCUACAGUGACCAUUUAAGUUUAAACCAUGUGGUUUGCGAAGCAAAAAGGGAAACAUUGAAUGACCUAUGUAUAAAUGUCUUUGUUUAGAAAAGGUUCACUUGAACAAAAUCCUUUUUCAAUCUCACAGUGCUAAUGCCUACUCUUUAAGAUACAUGUUAUAAUCAAACACAAACAGAUGGGUGGAUUUAGAAUUGAGUUAUCAAUCUAAAAGUACACUAUAAUCUCACACUGUCACAAAUCAGUGGCGUAAUGUUCGGGCCCGUUAUGAGGGCGAAACCAAAAAAUAGAGGGCCAAUUUUUAGGGGCUUUUUAAGGUGCUAACACUUGUAAUGGGAACCAAGUUUUGUGGGCGGACCCCUCAAGAAUUUCGUUACACAACUGCCAAAAAUGUUAUACAUUGAUUUAAAGAGUGAGGAAAAGUUAUAUCUGAAUGUUGACUGAAACAUUGUUUCUUAAUUUUGAGAAUUUUUCAUAUGAAUGUAUAAGAGAAAAAAUACAAAACUUUACUUCAGAUCAAGUAAUAAAUACGUUUCAUUCCAUUUCCAUUGAUCUUUCAUUUCCAAUCAGUAUUUGCCGAAGUAAAACAACUGUUGACCUAAAGAGAAAAAUAAUGAUUCAAAGUGUCGCAGACAAUUAAACAAAAUGAAAAAAUAAAUAAUUGGUUAUAAAUUUCGAGUGUGUCAAUUGUUUUGGAGGACAAAAUAAUUCUAUGUGCAUAGAUUGAUUUUAAAUUUUGGCAUAAUAAAGCUGGGUUAACAUUGGAAUAAAAAAGAAAAUCCAGGUUUGUGUGUGUACAAAAUAUAUUUUGUUUUGUCACCAUGACUGAUACAUUAAGUAUUUGAGACAAGAAACUAGAAAUCUGCAAAUCAAGAACAAAAUAAUAUUUCAGCUAUUUUAAGCAAGUUUAUUUUGUAUUUGUAUUAACAUUAUAUUAAUGUAAUACUAGGAUAUUAUAAGGUAGCCAAAUCCAUGGUGAUAUUUGACCAUGAUAUAGGUUUUUAUAUUUUAGAAAACCAACAGACUUUCUGAGUUGUAUUGUAUUAUAGAGUAAACAUUGUAAGAUGUUGAAGGAAUACAGUUUGUCUAAAAAAAUUAACACAUUAAGUCAAAAUAAAGUUAUGGCGAUAAAA